AUGGGUCCAUGUCAACCAGUUGGCCACAAUUUUCCUAGAAAACAACAAGGAAAAGAUUUGAGAAGCUUUAAAGAAGUGUGGUUUCAGAAAUUUGAUUGGUUGGAAUAUAGUAUGGAGAAAGAUGCAGCUUAUUGUUUUUAUUGCUAUCUUUUUAAGCAACCAAGGGGUGAUAAACUUGGGAUUGAUGCCUUCACGAAGACAGGGUUUAGCAAUUGGAAGAAAGCAAUGGAAGUUUUCACUGAGCAUGUUGGUGGAGUUAAUAGCAACCACAACAAUGCAAGGCGACAUUGUGAGGAUUUCAAAAAUCAGAGGCAAAGCGUGUCGCAUAUAUUCUCUUCUCAUAGCCGAGAAAUGGAGGUUGCAUAUAGAGCUCGUGUCACUGCUGUUUUACGCGUUGUUAGAUUUCUUCUGUUGCAAGGUCUUGCUUUUCGUGGACAUGAUGAAUCUUCAAGUUCUACUAACAGGGACAACUUUUUAGAGAUGCUGAAUUGGUAUGGAACAGAAGUUGAAAGUGUUGGUCGUGUGAUUAAUGAAAAAUGCUCCCUCGAAAUAAUCAAAUGA